GCUCCCCUAGCUAGUGCAAAUCUCGGCGGAUGAAUGUUUUCUUAAGGGAUUCUUCCCGAAAGCGACGCGAAAAUCUAAGAGGAGUCGACGGAGCUGAAUAUUCGAAAAUUGUUCUAAAACGAUACUAUUAUGGAAAGUGGAAGUAUCUUACAUACCCCGGGUAAUUAUCCUGGCGGGGAUCGGCAGCAGUUUUGCGUUUCCUGGAAUUCUCAUCAAUCAAAUAUGCACAGCGCGUUUCCAAAACUUUUAAGUUCAGAACAAUUCGUCGAUGUCACUUUGGCAUGCGACGGAGGGUCAAUAAAGUGUCACAAAGUGGUAUUGUCGGCUUGUAGCGAUUAUUUGGAACGUUUAUUACUAGAAAUACCAUGCACCCAUCCUAUUAUCUUUUUGAGAGACAUGAGAAUGUGGGAACUUCAAGCUUUGGUGGAAUUUAUGUAUCGUGGAGAAGUAUACGUGGAGCAACAGCAACUGGGUAAACUAAUGCAGGCUGCCGAAGUAUUGCAGAUCCGUGGUUUGUCCACCCAAGGAAACGAUAACUCAUUAAGCGAAAGUAGCUCACAGCAGUGCGACUCUAAUACUCCGGUUACCCCGUCGACAACUUCGCAACAGGAUAAGCCCUCUUUCAUAUGCGAGGAAACUCAGUCGGACGAUGGUGGUUCAAAUACUAAUUUUCUCGAGGCUACGACGAUUGCUGCAUCUAGCACGGCAAGCGCUCCAUCGCACAGCGCAACGCCUGUUUCGCAAAAUCCGAACUCUUCAAAUUUUAUGGAGCACAGCGAAGCAUUGCAACAUUUGGAAAAAGCACUUAGCGCUUGCGAAGCAACUUUAACCGAAACUCAGGGCAUGGUUAAGAUGGAACCGGACGAGCAAUUUACUCAACAACAGGGUGUCAAGCCAUACUCGAUCAGUAUGGUACCAAGCAGUAAUUGUAACCCUAGUAGUCCAUUUCCUGCAAUCGAAGGUUACCAGAGACGGCAAAGACGUUCGGAAGAAGAAUUGAAACAAGCUUCGGAUAUGGUGGCACGCGGUAUGACGUUUCAAGUUGCUUCGGAAAAGUACAAAAUUCCGAUAAGUACGAUUCGAUUCUAUAUGGUUAGAAAAGGUAUAUUGCAAAGGCGAAAACGCGGUCGCGGUUCAAGUAAUCUUGGCAUGAACAGUCAACCGGGAAGUCCCGCGAGUCCACCAUAUCAUAUGAUGAAUUAUCGUUUGCCAGAGAGCCUAAACUCCAGCCUACCGUAGUGCUGUACGAGGGAUAGCGAGUUUUUAGACUUGAGUUGAAUCGAACAAAUUUUUUAUUGCCGUAUCGGAGCUGUUCCAGACUGUCAUUCUUCCCAUCCUUAUCGACUCGCACCGAGUUAUCCGCUUUUCGUUGGAUCAUUCACAACUCGCGAAACACGCAUAUCCACUGCGAGUGCGUUUUCGCUGCUCUAUUGUACUCUAUAUACAUUUAUUGCAUUUACAGAAGAUAGUAAUUUAAUAGAAAAUAAUUGACAAUGUGUACGUAUCGUACACGAUAGACACGAUAUUUUAGUCUCGAACAGCUCGGCUCCGUGUAUAUAAGCGCCAUACGCUAACUUUCGAACGCAGCAUCGAGACGAACAGAGAAGAGCAGAGAAGAAAAGAG